AUGGCUUUACAUCAAUUUGAUUAUUUGUUUGCAAUUGCCAUGAUCUUUGCGUUCUUGGACGCUUGGAACAUUGGUGCCAAUGAUGUUGCAAAUUCCUUCUCUUCAUCAGUUUCAUCCAGAUCUUUGAAAUAUUGGCAAGCUAUGAUUUUGGCCGCUAUCAUGGAAUUCUUGGGUGCAGUGUUGGUCGGUUCACGUGUGUCUGAUACUAUCAGAAACAAAAUUGUUGAUAUUGCUGUGUUUAAAAAUGAACCUGCUGUGUUGAUGUUGACUAUGACAACUGCCUUGAUUGGUUCAUCAACUUGGUUGACUAUUGCCACCUCCAUUGGUAUGCCAGUCUCUACUACCCAUUCUAUUGUUGGUGCUGUUAUUGGUGCCUCCAUUGCUGCCAAAGGUGCUGAGAACAUAAUUUGGGGUUGGAAAGGUGUUGCUCAAAUUAUUGCCUCUUGGUUCAUUGCCCCUGCUAUUGCUGGUGCCUUUGCUUCUAUUAUUUUCUUGAUUUCUAAAUUUGGUGUUUUGGAAGUUAAAAACCCAAGAACAUCUUUAAGAAACGCCAUGUUGCUUGUUCCUUUGCUUGUGUUUGUCGCAUUUUCCAUUUUAACUAUGCUUAUCGUUUGGAAAGGUAGUCCAAAAUUGAAGUUGAACACUUUGUCUACUGGUACCACUGUCGGUGCUAUUUUCGGAACUGGUGGUGUUGCAACUGCUAUCUACUUUUUGUUUGCUUACCCAUACUACAAAAGAAAAUUGGUUUACGAAGACUGGACUUUGAAAUGGUACGACAUUUUCAGAGGUCCAAUUUACUGGUUCAAGUCCACUGACAAUAUUCCACCAAUUCCAGAAGGUCAAACUUUGACCAAAGAUUAUUACAAGGGAAGAAGAUACGAUGAAGCUGGAAAUUUGGUUGUCCUUCAAACUGAUAGAGAUGUUUCUGCUGGUGUUGUCGAAGCUCACGAUGGUGAAGACUCCAACUCUGAUGGUGAAAAAACAUCUGCUGUUAUCCAAAACCAACCUGCCCCAGUUGAUUCUGAAAAACAACCUGCCCCACCUGCUGCUGGUACUGCUGAAUACAAAGGUGAAAACACAAGAUGGCCAAAUAAAUUUGCUGGUUACGUUAAAUUGGUCAAAGAAUCACCAAAGAACUGGCCAUUAGUGUUUUUCUUGCUUUUGACUCAUGGUGUUAGACAAGACAUUAUUGCCAACCAAGCUGGAUCCAAAGAUGUGUUAGCUGGUGAUUUGCACAAAAUGCACACUGCUUCCAAAUAUUACGACAACAAGAUUGAAUACAUGUACUCACUUUUGCAAGCAAUCACUGCUUGUACCAUGUCUUUUGCUCACGGUGCCAACGAUAUUGCUAAUGCCACUGGUCCUCUUGCUACUGUAUAUUUAGUUUGGACUACCAACACUACCGCUUCUAAAGCUGAAGUUCCAGUUUGGGUUUUGUGUUACGCUGCCGGUGCUUUAGUUGUCGGGUUAUGGACGUAUGGUUACCACAUCAUGGCUAACUUGGGUAACAAAUUGAUUUUGCAAUCACCAGCUAGAGGUUUCUCUAUUGAAUUGGGUGCUGCUGUCACUACCGUUAUGGCUACUCAAUUGAAAAUCCCAAUCUCCACUACUCAAUCUGCUGUUGGUGCCACUGUUUUCGUUGGUUUGUGUAACAGAGAAUGGAAAUCCGUCAACUGGAGAAUGGUUGCAUGGUGUUAUUUGGGUUGGAUCUUUACUUUGCCAUGUGCCGGUUUGAUUGCUGGUAUCAUAAAUGCUAUUAUCUUAUAUGCACCAUCUAAAGGUGUAAGCUAUACUAUGACUUAG